GUUUCCCAUAUCGAACUCGUACGUGUCGCUCGUGCGACUUCCGCCAAAUUUUCCCCAAUCCGUUGUGCACGUACUUACGCGGCCACCAAACGAACACCUGUUGCAUGCACGCGCACAAACGGCGGUGUGCAACCAUGGCCGUCUCGCUCGUCGUCGUCGUCGUCGUCGUCAUCGCCAUCGUCGUGCCGCUCCUGUACCUCGUGCUGCUUCCUGCCUGGAAGCCGGCGCGGCGGGACGACGGUGACGGUGGAAUGAGGAGGAGGCUUCCGCCGUCGCCGCCGUGGGGGCUCCCGCUGCUCGGACACCUCCACCUGCUCGGCGCCCUGCCGCACCGGGCUCUCCGGUCCCUCGCCGCGGCGCACGGCCCGGUGCUGCUGCUCCGUCUCGGGCGCGUCCCCGUGGUGGUCGUGUCGUCGGCGGCCGCCGCCGAGGAGGUGAUGCGGACGCGCGACCUGGAGUUCGCGAGCCGGCCCAGGGUCGCCAUGGCCGAGCGGCUGCUCUACGGCGGCCGCGACGUCGCGUUCGCGCCCUACGGCGAGUACUGGCGCCAGACGCGCCGCAUCUGCGUGGUCCACCUCCUCAGCGCGCGCCGCGUGCUGUCCUUCCGCCGCGUCAGGGAGGAGGAGGCCGCCGCGCUCGUCGCCCGCGUCCGCGCCGCGGGCGGCGCCGUCGAUUUGGUCGAGCACCUCACCGCCUACUCCAACACCGUCGUCUCCCGCGCCGUGUUCGGCGACGAGAGCGCGCGUGGCUUGUACGGCGACGUCGACAGGGGGCGCGUGCUGAGGAAGCUGUUCGACGACUUCGUGGAGCUACUCGGGCAAGAGCCGAUGGGGGAGCUCCUGCCAUGGCUCGGGUGGGUGGACGCUUUGAACGGAAUGGAGGUGAAGGUGCAGCGCACAUUUGAGGCGCUGGACGGCAUCCUCGAGAAGGUGAUCGACGACCACCGUCGCCGCCGCCGUGAGGUCGGUAGGCAGAUGGACGACGGCGGCGGCGGCGAUCACCGGGAUUUCGUGGACGUGUUGCUCGACGUCAACGAGACGGACAUGGACGCUGGUGUUCAGCUCGGCACGAUCGAAAUCAAGGCCAUUAUACUGGACAUGUUCGCGGCGGGCACGGACACCACGACGACAGUGAUAGAAUGGGCCAUGGCGGAGUUGAUCACCCAUCCGGAUGCAAUGCGCAACGCGCAGGACGAGAUCAAGGCGGUCGUCGGCAUCACCAGCCACAUCACCGAGGACCACUUGGACAGGCUACCUUACCUCAAGGCUGUACUUAAGGAAACGCUCCGGCUGCACCCGCCGCUCCCACUACUUGUGCCACAUGAACCGUCGUCAGAUACCAAGAUCCUGGGCUAUAGCAUCCCGGCAUGCACUCGAAUAGUGAUCAACGCGUGGACUAUCGGCCGUGACCAGGCGACAUGGGGAGAGCAUGCGGAGGAGUUCAUACCUGAGAGAUUCCUGGAGAGUGGCUUGGACUACAUAGGGCAAGACUUUGUGCUAGUGCCAUUUGGUGCCGGUAGGAGGGGGUGUCCUGGGGUCGGGUUCGCUGUGCAAGCCAUGGAGAUGGCAUUGGCGAGCUUGCUGUACAAUUUUGACUGGGAGACGAGAGUGGUGGAUAGGAGGAGCGAGUUUGGGACUUCAUCACUAGACAUGAGUGAGAUGAAUGGGCUUUCAGUCCGUCUCAAGUACGGACUACCCCUCAUUGCUAUAUCGCGCUUUCCUUAAUAUAAAAGGGAUUGUAUGUAUUUAUGUUGCCACAUUAAAUAAAAUAAAAAAAUUUAACAUGAGUUUCACGAUA